AUGAAAUACUGUCAAUAUCGGCUUCCCUCUGCGAGAGCCGCCAUAGUUGAGGUCGAUAAACAUAGAGUCCAAGGAGGCACGCCUCAAGAUGCCUUGAGGCGUGUGAAUGUGCCCACAACCGACAGCUCUAAAAAGUUCAAAAAAGAACAGUGCCGCGCCAGUAAAAACGGAAUGAGGAAAAUAAGAAAGCCUAAAAUGUUCUCCAUACUAACCACGGGGAAACGCGGAUGCAAGAUACAGGAAGAGUUAAUGGUUAUGAUGCUCAGGGUCAGAGAGGUGGGCAGCCGCCAAAACUCCCAAGGGCUCACGGCAGAGGUGACGCCAUAA